CGACCGUGGCAGUGAGUAGUGAGAGCGGCCGCGUCGCUCGUUCGCUCGCUCUACGUACUCCGCUGACGACGGUCGCGCGCGCGCAACGUACUCGUUUUUACUGCUCGAACAACGCGUUAACCCCCGUCUCCACAUCACCGGACGAACUCGUGGGACUCGCGUGCUCUUCUCACCUGUUGCUCGGAUUGUGUUGUGACUAGAAAAAAGUUGUCGCCGCUCGAACGAGACUUCCGAGUCCUAUUGGAUUGCACGAAAGUCGAGACAGUGGAUAGCGAUUCGUUUCGAUUUGAACGUUGCGUAGACGAGUGGUGCAUGUCCAUAGAGUCGCGUUUAGAUAGUUUAGUGCGAGGAAAAAGUGAAGUGAAAGCCUUCUUCGGAGGAUGUCCCUCGGCGCUCGUGGAUACCGGAGCGUGUGACACGCUCGCAGACAUGAGACGCCGCUGGUAUAACAACGGAGGAUUCCAGACGCUGCGAAUGCUCGAGGAGAGCUCGUCUGAGGUGACGUCGUCUUCAGCACUGGGCCUGCCGCCGGCUAUGGUGAUGUCCCCGGAAUCGCUCGCGUCGCCCGAGUACGGCCUGGAGCUGUGGGGCUACGACGAUGGCAUCACUUACAGCAUGGCGCAGUCGCUGGGCACCUGCACCAUGGAGCAGCAGCAGCCGCAGCCGCAACAGCAGCCGCAGCAGACACAGCCCCUACCUUCCAUGCCGUUACCAAUGCCACCGACAACACCUAAAUCAGAAAACGAGUCAAUGUCAUCAGGUCGUGAGGAAUUGUCUCCAGCUUCGAGUGUGAACGGCUGCAGCACAGAUGGCGAGGCGAGGCGGCAGAAGAAAGGCCCAGCGCCGAGGCAGCAAGAAGAGCUAUGUCUUGUCUGCGGCGACAGAGCCUCCGGAUAUCACUACAACGCGCUCACAUGUGAAGGGUGUAAAGGUUUCUUCAGGCGGAGUGUAACCAAAAAUGCAGUGUACAUAUGCAAAUUCGGCCAUGCUUGCGAAAUGGAUAUGUAUAUGCGGAGAAAAUGUCAGGAGUGUCGGUUGAAGAAAUGUCUUGCGGUAGGCAUGAGGCCCGAGUGCGUGGUGCCGGAGAACCAGUGUGCAAUGAAACGGAAAGAGAAAAAGGCGCAGAGGGAAAAAGACAAAUUGCCCGUCAGUACGACGACAGUAGACGAUCACAUGCCUCCCAUCAUGCAAUGUGAUCCUCCGCCCCCAGAGGCCGCUAGAAUUCUGGAAUGUUUGCAGCACGAGGUGGUGCCGCGGUUCCUCAAUGAGAAGCUCAUGGAACAGAACAGAUUGAAGAACGUGCCCCCCCUCACUGCCAAUCAGAAGUCGUUGAUCGCAAGGCUCGUGUGGUACCAGGAAGGCUAUGAACAACCUUCCGAGGAAGACCUGAAGAGGGUUACACAGACCUGGCAGUCGGACGAGGACGACGAAGACUCGGAUAUGCCGUUCCGUCAGAUUACCGAGAUGACGAUUCUCACAGUGCAGCUCAUCGUAGAAUUCGCUAAGGGCCUACCGGGUUUCGCCAAGAUCUCGCAGUCAGAUCAGAUCACGUUAUUAAAGGCGUGCUCAAGUGAGGUGAUGAUGUUGCGAGUGGCUCGGCGGUAUGACGCGGCUACCGACAGUGUGUUGUUCGCCAACAACCAGGCGUACACUCGCGACAACUACCGCAAGGCAGGCAUGGCGUACGUCAUCGAAGACCUGCUGCACUUCUGUCGGUGCAUGUACUCCAUGAUGAUGGACAACGUGCACUAUGCGCUGCUUACAGCCAUUGUCAUCUUCUCAGACCGGCCCGGGCUUGAGCAACCCCUGUUGGUGGAGGAGAUCCAGAGAUAUUACCUGAACACGCUACGGGUGUACAUCCUGAACCAGAACAGCGCGUCGCCCCGCUGCGCCGUGAUCUUCGGCAAGAUCCUGGGCAUCCUGACGGAGAUCCGCACGCUGGGCAUGCAGAACUCCAACAUGUGCAUCUCCCUCAAGCUGAAGAACAGGAAGCUGCCGCCGUUCCUCGAGGAGAUCUGGGACGUGGCGGACGUGUCGACGACGGCGACGCCGGUGGUGGCGGACUCGCCGGCGCUCUAGCCCCCGCGCCGCCCGCCCGGCCGCGCUCACGUCUAGCGCGGCCCCUCAGGAGAGAACGCUCAUAGACUGGCUAGUUUUAGUGAAGUGCACGGACACUGACGUCGGACGUGAUCAACCUAUUUAUAAGGACUGCGAAUUUUACCACUUAAGAGGGCACACCCGUACCCGAUUUCGUACGUAUUCGGUGACCGACGACGAUGAUGUGCGAGAGAUUAGUGAAUAUAUGUGUUGUUGAACGUUUGGAGAAUAUAUAUUGGUGUUGAUCGUUACGGGCCCGCGCCGUCGCCGGUCGGCCGGCUGACCGGCGGCCGCCGCGGCUCCGAGUUUAUUUCGUUUACGACUGGAUACUGAGUUGGUCACUCGGAUACGACUGUAUGAUAAGACUUCGUUCGAUAAGUACACCUCCUAAAUUACACAUACGUACGUACGUUACGAGAGUUAUUAGAGACAAAGUAAUAUAAGAAGAGAUGUUUCUAUUGGGUGAAAAGUUGAUAGUUAUGUUUAUUUACCAAAAUUAACAAUAUUACGUUGAUUAACCUUUCGAGUAUAAUAUUGUGAUGAGUCGUCCGCUGUGUCCACGUCGCCGUCACAUGUUCGUGUUGAUGCACACGCGAGGCGUGUUAUCGUGUCCUGUCGAUUUAGUUCCGAUUCAUGUUCCAUCGUCCUGUGCCCGCGUCCCUCGACUAAAUGAGUAAUUUAAUUUAUUGCUGUGAUUACAUUUUAAUGUGUUGAUUAUCUACCGUAGGCUGAUAUAAGUGUGUCUUAUUACAAUACAAAGUGUGUGUCGUCGAUAGCUUCCACACGAGCAAGCCUCUUUGUUUGAGUAAGUGUAUUACUGACAUGGACACUCGACCCGCAAUAAUAAAUGAUUUACAUUCACCACACUUACAGCUAAUAAAUACCACACGAUUAGUAUCUAAACGAAUUCACCGCACUAUUAACUAUUAAAGCAUAGAUGAACAUGAUUAAUAAAGAAUUUGAAGAUUCAGUGCAAUUUAAGGUUACGUUCAUAAAUCAUACGAUAAAAUAACUAGACGUACGCGAAAUAGACUACUUGUGUCACAUUACGCUUAGUACACGGAGACAGGUUUGGCCCAAUCCCAGUUAUUUGUUCUGGUCCUAACGUUAUGUAUAAACUGUUCUACUUAUGUGUUGACAUGACUUUGCGUGCAUGUUUAAAGGCAGCUGUAAUGUAGGUAUGGAAAUAAAACUAUAGAGCCUAAAAAUAACCGUUAAUCUUUGUAAGUAUUUAUUUUAUUCUAUAGCAACAUUCCUUUAAUUCUAUGUAAAUUAUAAAAAAGUACAAAAUGGCAGCUGAAUUACCUCUAUUCUAUGGCUUCAAUAUAAAAAGUAAUAGCGAAGUUAGAAUCUAUUUGGCCGAGCUUACUCUAUGGGAACAAUAUUGGUGUAGUAGACACUAACGUGUAACAUGUUGAUAGACGAAGGACAUGCACGCAACGUGGUCGCGGCGACCCCGAACCUGUCUGCCGUCAACAUACGGUAAGGACUUCGUAGCAAUAUGAACACAUUAAUAUUAUACAACUUAUACGACACAAAACAUACUGCCCGUUAAGCGACUCACAUACAAAAUGCCUUAUUUCGCGUUACCUGUAUCGUGUACCUACAUUGUUGAUGAGAGGAAAAUCAUAGUAUAUAGAACAUAAAAUUAAUCGAUCUCAAUUACCGGUAAGCGUUGUUAAAGAAUACGUUAAGCGUGUUUUCUGUUGUGGGCGUCGGCUCGUUCACUCACACUGGGCGACGCAUUCCCUCUUGAUAGCUGAUACUGUACAGUGUCCGUCUCGAAGCCUUCUAUGUCUGUCGCAAUGUUUAUUCGUAGUUAGAACAUCGAUAUCUUAUAACGUUCAUCUCGAUGGUACAGUUCGCGACACUUCACCACCCAUUACAUUUAAUCGAUAAGUAACGUAAGUGUCUGUUUGGUGCGUGUUGAAUGUGUCUUCUUUACAUGCCAUUAAGUGUGUUGUAUAUUUACAUAAUACAUGUGUUUGGAGUUUUGGAAAUGCAUUUCUUAAUAUACGUAUAAAAUCAGCGUGAGACGAUCGGGCUUGCACCGCGGACCGCGCGCUAGGCCGCUUAUAGAAUGAUCUUUUCGAUUAACAUUGUAUAAUUUUAUUGUAGCAUUAGGCGUUUCUAAAAUAGCAAACGAAGCACAAACGUCACUGUAGUGUCUUAUGUGUCUCUGCUGAAAUAGGGGCGUAUUGAUAACGAACACACUGCCAUUAUAAACGUAUAUAAUUACUGCAUGGUGCGAUCUUGUAUGCGAAUGCGUGUUAUAGGGGGAAUUUCUAUUGGUGAAAAUGUUUCAGUUGUGAACCGUAGGUGAUAGGAUGAAAUUCAUUAAAAUCUAACGCUACGAUACGUUGCCUUAUGACUGAGAUGCGCGGGCGCGCGCGGCCGGCGCUGAGUCGCGAGCGCGGGCGGCGGCCGCGCGGGUCGCGGUCACACCCGCAUCUCGAGUUUGUGACAAAUAUUACUGCCAUUCGAUAAGUAAUUGUUAUACAUCAUUCGAUGCGUAGGUUCAUAAAUAGCUUCAUAGAUUUCGGCUUCUGUCGGUGCACAGCCGGUCGUAUUUGAUACAUAUUAUUCAAUUUCGAAAUUGUAAUAGAUUUAUUAAGUAUGUAAUAAUCUCACAUGAGAAAGUAAUAAGUAAUGAGAUACCCUAAUAUAAUUUGUGUCUUAGCUGAUAAUGGAACAUUAGUAAGAUAAUAUGUUUAUAUCGCUUGACGAGAUGUGUAGUGAGAGAUGCGAUACGGCACAAGCAGCACUGGCUGAGUCGAUAGACGGGUGGGCGGGGAGACUGGACCGGCGACGGGUCCUGCGGCUGUCACGACCUGUUGCCCUUCUUACAUGCCUUUUGAUCUAUAUUUUAGUUCAUAUUGUUCGAAAGCACUGAGUAUUGUAGUGACCAAACGUGGCACGUCCAGUCUAAAAAAAAAUAUGGUGGAUUUGAUAAAGUCUACUAUGUGUCCAUUAAAAUUUGUACAUAGGUACCUUUAGAUUCUAUUGUCAUAUGUUUGACAUAUGUACGUUUAAUUUUAUUCAUCUAAGAAAGUACAGAUGGCUGUUGUUAUUUUUAUAUUAUUUGGGUAGAAGUAUAUUUUUUUGUAAAUGACCUCUGUAUUUAUCUUUUGUAAGCUUUGUAAGCCAUAGGGACUUAGAUUAGUGUACGAGCUACGAACAUUGUGAUUGCUAUUUACUUUGAAUUUGUAUUUACUGAGAUAUUUUUGUUCUGCGUAUAUAUUCUUCGUUUUGACAGAUGUUUCUUAAUAAUUUUGUUACUUCAGAGUGCAAUAUGUACAAAUAUUUACAUAUUAAAUAUAAAAUGUACAGUCAAUUUUUUAGUUUUAAUGUGUCAACGCAAUAUGUUUCGCUAUUGAUUCGUUGAAAGUACACUAGAAGGCAUAAUAACCGAUAUCACAAGUGGGUUGCAACGCAACAUACACACUGUCUCACUAUUGUGUUUUUCUAAUACUUAAGUGAUUAAUUUUAUAAUAGACGGACUAGGUGAUCUUUGUAUUUAAAUUUGCUAAUUUUUUGUAGCAGAUUAGAUUUGUUUACAUGGAUAAGAUGAAUAAUGUACAUUUUGAAUUGAUUUUAAAGUGAUUUAGUUGUUAUUUAGUAACGAAUUUUCUUAUUAGGUGUAACUGGCAGCCUCGUGGACUGGCUUGAGUCCACUGAUACCAGUGCGAUGUGUGCAAUGUCUAGUAAUACGUACAGCGAGUCUGUGUACUCUGUAGUGCCACGUCGAUCGAUGGGAAGGCUGAUAUUACGAGUUAAGGGCCCAUUCCGUGUUCAUCGAAACACAAUAAUUUUGUAUAAUUAUUAUUUCUUAAAUCUUUUAGUCCGCAGUAACUAUUUUACUUUCCUCCUAAUACUUUGCCUUAGUAAAUCCUCUGUUAUUAUUACAUGAUUUAACAACAGUGGUGAAGCGAAUUAGAUAUAGGGAACAGACAUGACGACAUGUUAAAAUUUAGAGAAACAACUUUUAUAAAAGAUGAUAACUACAAAAACAAAAGAAAGGUGUGUACAAAAUGAGGAAAUUUGUAUGAAACAUUGUUAAAUGCGAAUAAACUUACACCUCAAGAUAAAAUUAUAAAAAAUA